UGUUAGGCCCCGGCCGGGGGAGUAGGUUGAAGUCUCCUAAGAUGCCCGGUGGGCUGGGGCACCGGGAGCUGUGAAGAGAGGGUGAGGAAGCGGCGAGGGGAGACCCGCGGCAGGCCUGAACAAGACCGGCGGCCGAGCCCGCCUUCCCUGCACCAUGCUCAUAGAGGAUGUGGAUGCCCUCAAGUCCUGGCUGGCCAAGUUACUGGAGCCGAUAUGUGAUGCUGACCCUUCAGCCUUAGCCAACUAUGUUGUAGCACUGGUCAAGAAGGACAAACCUGAGAAAGAAUUGAAAGCCUUUUGUGCUGAUCAACUUGACGUGUUUUUACAAAAAGAAACUUCAGGUUUUGUGGAUAAACUGUUUGAAAGUCUCUAUACCAAGAACUACCUUCCACCUUUGGAACCAGUUAAGCCUGAGCCAAAACCACCAGUCCAAGAAAAAGAAGAAAUUAAAGAAGAGGUAUUUCAGGAGCCGGCAGAGGAAGAACGAGAUGGCAGAAAAAAGAAGUAUCCUAGUCCCCAGAAGACUCGUUCAGAAUCUAGUGAACGAAGGACACGUGAGAAAAAAAGGGAAGAUGGCAAGUGGAGAGACUAUGACCGGUACUACGAGCGGAAUGAAUUGUACCGUGAGAAAUAUGACUGGAGAAGAGGCAGGAGUAAGAGCCGGAGUAAGAGCCGAGGCCUGAGUCGAAGCCGAAGCCGAAGUAGAGGGCGCAGCAAAGACCGGGAUCCAAGUAGGAAUGUUGCAGAGCACAGGGAAAGAUCAAAGUUCAAGAGUGAAAGGAACGACUUGGAGAGUUCCUAUGUGCCUGUGUCUGCACCACCUCCGAGCUCUUCUGAGCAGUACUCCUCUGGGGCACAGUCUAUUCCCAGCACUGUUACUGUGAUUGCACCUGCGCACCACUCUGAAAACACAACGGAGAGUUGGUCUAAUUACUAUAACAAUCAUAGCUCUUCCAAUUCUUUUGGUCGAAACCCACCACCAAAGAGGCGAUGCAGAGAUUAUGAUGAAAGAGGAUUUUGUGUACUUGGUGACCUUUGUCAGUUUGAUCAUGGAAAUGAUCCCCUGGUUGUUGAUGAAGUCGCUCUGCCAAGCAUGAUUCCUUUCCCUCCACCUCCCCCUGGGCUUCCUCCUCCACCACCUCCUGGAAUGUUAAUGCCUCCGAUGCCAGGACCAGGCCCAGGACCAGGCCCCGGCCCCGGCCCGGGUCCAGGUCCAGGUCCUGGACAUAGCAUGAGACUUCCUGUUCCCCAGGGACAUGGCCAGCCUCCACCAUCUGUUGUGCUUCCCAUACCAAGACCACCCAUAACACAGUCAAGCUUGAUAAACAACCGUGACCAGCCUGGGACAAGUGCAGUGCCCAAUCUUGCGCCAGUGGGAGCAAGACUACCUCCUCCUUUACCCCAGAACCUCCUUUAUACAGUAUCAGAACGACAGCCCAUGUACUCUCGUGAACAUGGUGCUGCUGCAUCUGAGCGACUUCAGUUGGGGACACCGCCUCCUCUGUUGGCAGCUCGUUUGGUGCCACCUCGAAACCUCAUGGGAUCCUCCAUUGGGUACCAUACCUCAGUCUCCAGCCCCACCCCUCUGGUCCCAGAUACAUAUGAACCAGAUGGUUAUAAUCCAGAAGCUCCUAGUAUUACCAGUUCUGGUAGAUCUCAGUACAGACAAUUCUUUUCCAGAACACAGACACAGCGCCCAAACCUGAUUGGCCUAACAUCUGGAGAUAUGGAUGCAAAUCCAAGAGCUGCUAACAUUGUCAUCCAGACUGAACCACCAGUUCCUGUUUCAAUUAAUAGCAACAUAACCAGAGUAGUUCUUGAACCAGAUAGCCGAAAAAGAGCUAUAAGUGGUUUGGAAGGGCCGCUCACAAAGAAACCUUGGCUGGGAAAGCAAGGGAAUAACAGUCAGAGUAAACCAGGAUUUUUGAGAAAGAAUCAGUAUACAAACACCAAAUUAGAAGUCAAGAAGAUCCCUCAGGAAUUAAACAACAUUACUAAACUCAAUGAACACUUCAGCAAGUUUGGAACUAUUGUGAACAUCCAGGUUGCUUUUAAGGGAGAUCCAGAAGCAGCCCUCAUCCAGUAUCUUACCAAUGAGGAGGCCAGGAAAGCCAUUUCCAGCACUGAAGCAGUUCUAAAUAACCGGUUCAUUCGAGUUCUGUGGCAUAGGGAAAAUAAUGAGCAGCCUGCAUUGCAGUCUCCAACACAGCUACUCCUGCAGCAACAGCAAACACUUAGUCACCUGUCACAGCAGCACCACCAUUUGCCACAGCACCUUCAUCAGCAACAAGUGCUGGUGGCCCAGUCCCCUCCCUCAACGGUACAUGGGGGUAUCCAGAAGAUGAUGAGUAAACCACAGACAUCCGGCGCAUAUGUUCUUAACAAAGUUCCUGUUAAACAUCGCCUUGGACACACAAGUGGUAACCAGAGUGAUGCAUCACACGUGUUGAAUCAGUCAGGUGGUGCUGGAGAGGAUUGCCAGAUAUUUUCAGCUCCAGGCCAUCCAAAAAUGAUUUACAGCUCCUCAAACUUAAAGACGCCUUCAAAACUUUGUUCAGGGUCUAAAUCUCAUGAUGUUCAAGAAGUUCUUAAAAAGAAACAGGAAGCAAUGAAGCUACAGCAAGAUAUGAGGAAAAAGAGGCAAGAAGUGCUAGAAAAACAAAUAGAAUGCCAAAAGAUGCUAAUAUCUAAGCUAGAAAAGAACAAAAACAUGAAACCAGAAGAAAGAGCAAAUAUAAUGAAGACUUUGAAAGAGCUUGGAGAAAAGAUCUCGCAAUUGAAAGAUGAAUUAAAAACAUCUUCCGCAGUCUCCACACCAUCUAAAGUUAAGACAAAAACAGAGGCUCAGAAAGAACUAUUAGAUACUGAACUGGACCUUCAUAAGAGGCUAUCCUCAGGAGAAGACACAACAGAGUUACGGAAAAAACUCAGUCAGUUACAGGUUGAGGCUGCACGAUUAGGCAUUUUACCUGUGGGUCGAGGAAAGACUAUGUCCUCUCAAGGUCGAGGAAGAGGCCGAGGCCGUGGAGGAAGAGGAAGGGGCUCGCUGAAUCACAUGGUGGUGGACCACCGCCCCAAAGCACUAACAGUAGGGGGAUUCAUUGAGGAGGAAAAAGAUGAAUUGCUUCAACAUUUCUCAACUGCAAACCAAGGGUCAAAAUUCAAAGACCGUCGGCUACAAAUAUCAUGGCACAAGGCCAAGGUGCCUUCUGUAUCCACUGAGACUGAGGAAGAAGAUGUCAAGGAGGAGGAAACGGAAACCUCAGAUUUGUUUUUGCAUGAUGAUGAUGAUGAGGAUGAAGAUGAAUAUGAGUCUCGUUCGUGGCGAAGAUGAAAUCUGAUUCGAGCUGUAUAAUUUUUAGGAAUAUUGUUUAGAAAAGAACAACUUUUUAAAAUUAUUUAAAGAAGUCAAUGAGCCAAAAAUUUUUUUUAUUUUUCUUUUCAACACAGUAGGUUUAAGGACAGCAAGUUUGCUAUUUAAACACAUCUCAUAACUGUUCAUGAUAUUAAAGCACCAAAGGCCUAGUGACUUUUACACAGUUGUGAAGAUCCACAGGGAUGAUACGGAUAAUCUCUAGAGCCUUAUUUUCCACACCACCUGUUUUGUUGCUAUUGGUGUUGGAUUAUGAUGUAAAUGACAGGGUGUUCAGAAAUUUUAUUUUGGAUUAUAAUCUGCUGAUAAAAUUUCAUUAAAUGUCAAAAUCGCCUGGAAUCUCUUAACUCUCAGCUGUUAUGGAUGGGUCGUCAGACAGAAGGAGAUAUUUGUAAUGAAAAUACCCUUUUGCUUUCAAGAGUUGUCUUGGAAGAAAAGUAGAUUUAUUUUAAUUUUUUUACUAUGGAGGAGCCCAGUUUGUAUUCAUUCUAAAUUUGGGGGGUGGGGGGUGUUGGUGUUCAGUACAAGUACUAUUUUAGCGUAAAUCAUAACAAACUCUGUAUUCUUAAAUGCUGUAAGGCAACAGUAGCUAGUUUCAUGGUAUUUUCAUUCUGUCGUCAUUAAUUCUCCUGGACUCAUGCUGCUGAUCCUUAGUUUGCUUUGAAAUUAGUGAGAAUGGGUUCAGUUGGUCCUUUUAAAAAAUAUUCCCAGAGUGUAAAAGUCUUUAAUCUGUUGCCCAUUUCUUGUCCCCAUUUUCUUUUUCUUGCCUUCUUAUUAAUAGGCCUGACUUACCCACUGUUGAGAUAAGUGAUUCUUUUGGGCCACCAAAAAGUCAGUCCCCAAUAAAAAGUUUAAACCAGCACCUUGAUAAAUAAGUGAUGUUUCGAUGAGAAUAAUGGAAGGAUUUGCGGGGGGUGGGGGGGGGGUGGGGGGAGAGUCACCAGCUUUUCCUUUUUCGUUUUUGAAGCUUCAGUUUAGUUAGUAGUUACAAAAGAGGGUUACAAAGUGUCUGAAAUUCUUUUCCUAAAUUUAAACUAUGAUGGUGAGGUGACUGGGGAUAGGGUGGGGGUGGGGUGGGGUAGGGUGAUGGGUAUGCUAGUAAUAAAUGGGAGUCAUAACUUGACUUUGAUCAGAUGACUUUAUAUUUUCAUAAUUUUGUAGCUUGUUGCUAUCCAUGAACAUAUGCAUCCUUCAAUAGACAGUUUCCUUCACUGUGUGCAUUUUUACUGUACACUGUAUAGAGUAGAUUAUCUGUUAAGUAAAAUAUAUAUGUAAAUUUAUGUCCUUGUGUUCUGAAUGUUAGAUGGAAAAGCAGAGGAGCAACACUACACUGUAUUGACCCCUGGGAAAAUAAAGUGAUUAAUGUACAUAGGA